UCCUCCCAGCCUGCUGCCUCCUCCCAGCCUGCUCCCUCCAUGGCUGCUGCGUCCGGGGUGGUGGAUGACAGUGGCAUGCCAGGGUUGGACAAAGUUGACAGCUUGGCAGAGUAUCUGGUGGAGCUGAGAAACCAGACCGCUCUGUACCUGAACAACCAGCAGGUGAGCACCAUUGUUGCUCUGUGGCAGAACCUGCCGGACCACGACAGGCAGAGGGUGGUGUUUGCUGCCAGACACCAGAGCAGGCUGGACACAGGGAGAUUUAGGUCUCCAAAAAAGCGGCAGGAGUUCACUCCAGGGACGGAGAGUGUGAAGAGGCACGCACUCACCACCACUGCCCCACUUGCCCAGUGGCCAGAUUGCUGCCGCCUGAUUGAAACUAUCUUUGUCAGGCUCUGUGCCAUUCACCGCAGUCCCAAGAAGAAGGGGACUGGCACAGUGUCAAGAUGGGAUCUCAUCCUUCUUGACUACAGGAAGAUCAGGCAGCUCAUUCUGUGCAAUGGGGCGGUAAUGCAGCAGACCACCCUGCAGCUGGUGGAUGUGAGCCACACCACCCUGGUGCAGUGGCACAAUAAGAGGGUGAAGAGGCAGGAAAAUAUGGUGGUGAUGCAGGGGCUGAACCUGCCCAGCCGCUUGUCUGUGGCAGCUAACCCUCUUCCCUCUGCUAAUGUGCGCCCCUCGUCUGCUCCCCCCCAGCCAGGCCCAGCUCACCAGUACCACCUGCCCAGCAGCACCGUGGGCCUGGCGAAGUUGAAGAGGAAAGUAUCACCCUCGGUGGCAACACCCAUGGCUGUCAAUCCCCAGCAGCAGCUCCUCCCUGCUCCACCAUCAGGUCCUCAGCUGCGUCCCCAGCAGCUCUUCCCUGCUCCACCAUCAGGUCCUCAGCUGCGUCCCCAGCAGCUCUUCCCUGCUACACCAUCAGGUCCUCAGCUGCGUCCCCAGCAGCAGCUCUUCCCUGCUACACCAUCAGGUCCUCAGCUGCGUCCCCAGCAGCAGCUCUUCCCUGCUCCACCAUCAGGUCCUCAGCUGCGUCCUCAGCGGCAGCUCUUCCCUGCUCCACCCAGCCCUCAGUUCAUGAUGCUGGUUCCAGUAACCCCAGGUGCUGCUCCACAGACCCUGGGGUUCAGCCUUUCCUCUGCCCCUCCUGCUCCUGCUCCAGUCCCCCGAAAACUGACCCGAAAGGUGCUGCACAACACGUGCAAAAAAUGCGGACAGUUCAGGACGGCGGAGACUGGACACAGCCAAUACAAGGGUGUGGUUUACUGCCCCUCUGUAGAGGCUGUACCAAAGGAGCAGUGUUUGGAGGACAUGAAAAGGAAUAAAUAAAUGUUUUUACUGGAUGCUUUUUUUAUGUAAAUACUUUUAUUUAAUGUUAGUUUUUAUUCAGUUAUAAUGUUCAAUUUUCUAUGAAAGGGACUGUUUACCCCACUAUCAGAGGCAUGUGCCCUGGACACUUUUUUAUGUUUAUAGUUUUAUAUUAUAUUUAAUGUUAAUCUUCAAUAAGUUAUAAUGUUCAAUUUUCUAUGAAAGGGACUGUUUACCCCACUAUCAGAGGCAUGUGCCCUGGAUACUUUUUUAUGUUUAUAGUUUUAUAUUAUAUUUAAUGUUAAUCUUAAAUAAGUAAUUAUUUUUAAACUAUACUAUUUUAA